AUUGUAAGCGGUGAAGGCCAUGGGAUUCGGGGAUUUGAAAAGCGUCUCGGGCCUGAAGGUGCUCAACGAGUACCUGGCGGACAGGAGCUACAUCGAAGGGUAUGUUCCUUCACAAGCAGACAUAGCUGUGUUUGAAGCUCUCGGUUCUCCUCCCUCAGCUGACUUAUACCAUGCACUUCGGUGGUUCAACCACAUUCGGUCCUAUGAAAGCACAAAGACGAGUCUUCCGGGUAUUAAAAAAGCCCUUAGUAACUAUGGUCCAGCAAAUGUAGAAGAUUCUACGCCAGCAGCGCAAGAUGAUGAUGACGAUGACAUUGAUCUCUUUGGAUCUGAUGAGGAAGAGGAAAGUGAAGAGAGCAAAAAGAUGAAGGAAGCACGUCUGGCUCAAUAUGAAGCUAAAAAAUCCAAAAAGCCUGCCCUUAUUGCGAAAUCAUGCAUUCUGUUGGACGUGAAACCAUGGGAUGAUGAAACGGACAUGUCAAAACUGGAAGAGUGUGUGCGCACUGUGGUGAUGGAUGGUUUAGUUUGGGGAUCUUCGAAACUGGUCGCAGUGGGCUAUGGUAUCAAGAAGCUACAGAUUCAGUGUGUAGUUGAAGAUGACAAGGUGGGAACAGAUCAUUUAGAAGAAGCUAUCACUGCAUUUGAAGAUUUGGUGCAAUCUGUUGACGUUGCAGCCUUCAACAAGGUUUAACGUAACAACUAACAGUUAAUAAACACUGGCAUGUGC